AUGGCUAGCAAAAUCAUCACAGUCUCAUCACCGGAAACCACCCAAUCUCAGCCCCUCCAACUGCAGGACCGGGUUGCAAUCGUCACCGGCGGCUCUCGCGGUAUCGGCAAAGCCAUCUCCCUCCACCUAGCAUCCCUUGGAGCAAAGCUCGUCGUCAAUUACACUUCCAAUUCCUCUAAAGCGGAUCUAGUCGUUUCGGAAAUUAAUUCCAAAUCUCAAUCUGAAUCCCCACAAGCUGUUUCUUUCAAAGCCGACGUAUCAGAUCCGAUUCAAGUAAAAGCCCUCUUUGAUGCAGCUGAGUCCGCCUUCGAUUCCCCAUUAUAUAUCCUCGUCAACGCCGCCGGGGUUCUUGACUCCUCCUAUUCUUCGAUCCCCAAUUCCUCCCUCGACGAAUUCGAUAGGACGUUUGCCGUGAACACGAGAGGCGCUUAUUUAUGCUUACCGGGGUACGGGCCGUAUGCAGCGUCUAAAGCUGCGGUGGAGGCUAUGGUGAAGAUUCUGGCGAAGGAACUGAAGGGGACGAGGAUCACGGCGAACUGUGUAGCUCCGGGGCCUAUCGCGACAGAUCUGUUUUUCGAAGGAAAAACUGAAGCGAUGGUGAAUAUAGUAAUUGAUCAGAACCCUUUGGGUAGACUGGGGUUGCCGGAGGAUGUUGCUCCCUUGGUUGGGUUCUUGGCGAGUGACGCCGGUGAGUGGAUAAACGGUCAGAUCGUUCGUGUCAAUGGUGGAUUUGUGUGA